GGUACCGCACCGAAUUCCGCUUUCUCACUUUGGACUGAACUCAGUGUCACUUUGACGUCCGAGACCGCGUUGAGAUAGUAAGAGCGGAAUCUCCGGAUCGCGCUUCGUUCCCCGGUCGAGGUGCGGAAUCGCGGGUGACACAGUCCGCGUAAAAAGUUCGCGAGAAACGAAAAGAUUCGACCGCACAAGUCGAAAUGGCAAACAAUAUCGCACGUGUCGCAUGAGCUUCCUUCGUUCCGCGGAGAUUCGAGUGGAAGAGAACUUCGCGAUCGAGAAAAGUAUCGAAACGUACGAUGAUCUUAUAAGAUACAGAGAGAUCUAACCGAUGUAAAAAAAAAGAAAAAAAAUUAAUAAUCGGAUUAACGGUGGACUUUGUCUUCCGCGAGGCGAGACUCGAGUGGAGGACACACUUGGGACAAAGUAUAACAUAAAACGUUAAACGAAACCAGUUUUGUCCCACAAAAGAGGGACAAAAAUUCUGGAUAACAUCUGUCGUACGCGAAUGAGAGAAAUGUAAAAUAUUACAAUCAAUGCGGAAAUAAAACAGCUCCGAAUUUUAUGUAAUGAUUAAAAAAUAUUAAAGACGAAGUCGACGACAAGUUCAAAUCGGGAUAUCGAGGUGAGCGCGCGAUUUUGUGCAAAAAAAAAAAAAAAAAAAAAAAANAAUCAGUGACGAGUUGCGACAAAAAUUGAAGGAUUACAAUAUAGGGACACAUCAUGUUCGGCGGAUACGAGGCCCAGACGGAAUGUUAUCCGCAGUGGCAUCAGCCAUAUAAUUAUGUCACUCAGCUCCCCUACGGACCGCCGUUUGGCUCAUUGCCCGACGCCGACAGCCAAUCGCCGUACUACGGGGGCGCGGAUUCCGGUAUAUCGGGGGGCAGCUCGGGGGCGGGUAGUCCCACGGCGUCGACGCCACCCCUGAUCGAGGAGAUCGGCGUCCAGGAGCCGAGCUACUCUUCUCUACAACCGCCGUACGUGCACCCCUCGGCCGGUCAGCAUUACGCCACCUUGCAGUAUCCGCAAGGACAGCAGGAAACGUCACCCCAUCAUCAUCACCACCAUUCGCACCAUCACCAUCCGCCUGGUCAUCGACACGAGUUCGCGAGCGGUCAUCAGAUCGGCCAGCAGAUCGUCGGCGGCGUGACGGUCGGCACCCUUCAGCAGCAUCUCCAUCCGCAGGGGAUUGUUCACGAGGGCGGUGGCGUCACGGUCAGACCGAAGAGGCGAAACACCGCGAACAAAAAGGAACGCCGUCGCACGCAGAGCAUAAACAACGCCUUCGCCGAUCUGAGAGAUUGCAUCCCGAACGUCCCGUCCGACACCAAACUGUCCAAGAUCAAGACCCUGAGGUUGGCGGCGUCGUACAUCGGAUACCUGAUGGCCGUUCUCGAGAGCGACGAGGGGGAAGAGCCGCAGACUUUCCGCGCCGAGAUUCUCUCCAACGGCAGGAGGAACAGAGCGACUCAACCGAAUCAGACCGAGUCGUGUUUGCAAUCCGGCCCGAAUCUCGGCCACGAGGAACCGACCAAGAGUAAAGGACGAACAGGCUGGCCGCAGCACAUGUGGGCCCUCGAAUUGAAGCAGGAAUCGCCGCCGACCGGCCAGAUGCAAUAAAGCAACGACGCAGAGAGACACACUACCCCGUGUCAAAACAUAUCCGUGAUAUUUCACGAAAAAUAUCGCGCGCACGAAACGUGACGCGUUUUUUUUUUCUCGCGUCCCGACGCUUCUCUCGCCGUCGGAGAGGAGAAAAAGGCGACGGGCCGCGAUUUUUUUACGACCGACGCCGUCUUUCAAACAAUUCUCGCGUGACGAUGACGAAUUCGAAAAGAUCUCGUGAAAAAAAAAAUGUAUCUCGUUUGAGAAAGAAACAUUCGAUUUUUUUAAAGAAAGAAAGAACGUUGAGAAAUCGCGGCCUGGCGCAAGGAUUGCGAUGUAAAGAAAAAAAAAAAAAAAAAAACUAACAGACCCGUUUGUAUAUAGAGCGCGUUUUCAUCGAUUGUAUCGUACGUAGAAGUCGAUUUCUUCUACUCUGAGCCAAAGAAUAUCUCGCCUCAUCCCCAAAAGGGUGGACGUCGUCUCGGCGCGCGUCGUCUCGAUUAGACUAAGAAUCUUUGUAAAGUUUUUUUGUAUAAAGUAUCGGUCCAGAACUGUGUAUAAAGUGUCGCUAGCGCAAUACAAGUAAUUAACAAUU